GUAUGCAGCCUUGCUAACCGGGCUUUGUAUUGCCGGAGGGUGGGAGUCAAUAGGGGUGUAUGGCGUUGGAUAAGGACAAGGACACAGGACUGGACUAAUCCGUCUUGGAAUUGUACAAAGACAUGUUUAAAGAGAUGUCUGUUUCUAUGUUCAUUACCGUGGGCCACCGUAGCCAAGACGGUGAUGUCGAUCUCAUUACUGUGUCAAACUAGGAAAUGGCGGCAACACGAUGCAUCUAUCGGGUUGAAGAUUGCCCAAUGCAGCCUCGGUCCUAUAUUUGGCAGAUGGACGCCCUGACUUACGCCAUCUCGAACACGCAUUUGUCGACUUGCAGCAUGUCGCACACACCUCAACUACGCAAUCUCAGCCUCAUCGUCACCUUCACCCUCAAACUCACCAAUCGCCCUCACCCCCCACGGCAGGUCCACACCCCCCCGCCAGACCGCCGCCCGUCCGCGUCCUGGGCCGUCACGGCGCGUCGUCCAUCCGCUGCACUCGCUUGGUUCAGGGGUGGACACCACUGGACACUUUACUGUGUCCGUCGUUGGGCCGGUCUGCGACGCGGACGGGGGAGAGGGGUAUGCGCGAUGAGGUCAGCGGUGCUGCGACGGCGGGAUGACGACACAACGGGUGGGACGGCGGUCGGAGGGGUUGGACGGCAGGGGAUGACGGAUGCAGGACGGACGGGGAAUAGAACGACGGGGAAUAGAACGGACGGAAGAAUUGGAUACGUGGUUGAGGGCAUUCGCAGUGGCAGGGGGAGGUUGAAAUUGGCGCAUGCAGCAUGGACGAGGCCUGGGGGCCACGGUUUGGGGAGUGAGCGCCGAUAAGACAAGCCGUUGGAGUGAUGUGCACUGGUGGAGAGUAAAUUAAUCAAUCAAUUGGAAGCGGUGGUAAUUGUUUCGUCGUUAAAUUGAACCUCGCAGUCGAUCUUCGUGAUGAUCUCCCGGCAAUCUCCACCGCUACAAACUCCCCUCACCCACGGAGGACUAUCACCCACGCUCGAUUCACCUGUCAUCCGUAUCCCAGGCGAAGUUUAUGGCCUUAACCGCAAUUCCGUAUCACCGUCUAUCACGGUUCGUUCCAGGGGGCUGGUUUGCA